CUAUGCUUUGUCGUUUUCUAAUAACCGUAUUCGAAUGGAUAUGUUGCUGGAUCUCAAUAAAGAGUAUUUAAAAGAUAUGGGAAUAACUUUAAUGGGAGAUGUGAUUGGUAUCCUCCGGCACUCCAAACAUGUUUAUGAGCAGAAUGCUCGAGAUAAAGUUCUUGGAACUUCAGGCAAUGUACAAUCAUCACAAAAAUCAACUCCUGCUUCCAGAAUGUUAGAUCAUUAUGUAAGAAAAACUGAUCCCAGUUCAAGUGAUGGUGGGGGCAGUUGUGGUGAUGAUGAUUAUAAUGAUGCAUCUACUCAGCAAACAGUGUUAUUAGAAAAACAGAAAACUAGUGUUCCUAGUACUUCAGUUUCAAAAACAAAGAAGCAGACGCUGAAAACAAAACCUCAAGAAGAAGUACUGGCAUCACCUGUAAAGAAAGUGCGCCGUGUACUGCCAGAACAUGAAGGUCGCUACAAAAUCACAAUGCCAUCUGGAUCAACCCCACGUACACAGAGGAUUUUAGCCAAACAGGGAAUGUUGACUCAGAAAAAGAAGACCGUGUUUGAUAGGCUGGGAGAUGGAUCUGUUACAAGCACCACUGAAAGUGAAGUCCCAAGCAUAACAAUUACUGGACUGGGGUUAAAUAUUGUGAAACCUGCUAGCAGUUCAUCAGAGAAGUAUAUCACAGUGAUACCCUUACAGCAAUCAUCAGUAUUUUCACGCCUGGGUGAGAAAUCUCAGGUGUCUUCUACAUCAAACCAGGACUUUUCUGAAGACAAAACAUACCUGGAGGACAGCCUAAUCUCCAGAGAGACUGUCUUGCCCUAUGCUGGAGUGUUCAAACAAGAACAAAGGAAGAAAUCUAUCAAUAAAAAUGAAAUUCAAAAAAUUAAAGUUCCCACAAUGCAGGCUGAUAUUGAAUCAGCCAGGCAGCUCAUAACAGAGGACGGUCGAGUUGUAUCCAAGACAGUCCAAGUGCAGGAACGACUUGGAGCUUUAGUACCUGAAGGCAGGAGUUUAUUGCACAGUGUGAAAUCUCCAGACAGUAUGAAAGUGACUUGCUAA